AAUCCAAGUUGCGGCCAGCUCCGAGGAAACACUGUGGGGAGACGAAGCACCGUCAGCGGCACAACUUUCCGACCCGUUCCAGCCUCAGUCGGAACACGAAGCGGUACCGAAACCCCCACCGGGAGGAGCAGAACAAGAUGCCGGUCACAGAGAAGGACCUGGCGGAGGACGCUCCGUGGAAGAAGAUCCAGCAGAACACCUUCACGCGCUGGAUAAACGAGCACCUGAAGUGCGUCAACAAGCGGAUCGUGGACCUGCAGCUGGACCUGGGCGACGGCCUGCGCCUCAUCGCCCUGCUGGAGGUCCUGAGCCAGAAGAAGAUGUACAGAAAAUACAACAGCAGGCCCAACUUCAGGCAGAUGAAGCUGGAGAACGUGUCGGUGGCUCUGGAGUUCCUGGAACGGGAGAACAUUAAGCUGGUUUCCAUAGACUCUAAAGCCAUUGUAGAUGGGAACCUGAAACUGAUCCUGGGUCUUGUCUGGACUCUGAUCCUGCACUACUCCAUCUCCAUGCCGAUGUGGGAGGGAGAGGAUGAGGAGGCAGAGUCAAAGACACCUAAACAGCGUCUGCUGGGCUGGAUUCAACACAAAGUUCCUGACCUGCCGAUCACCAACUUCAGCCAGGACUGGAGAAACGGGAGGGCGCUGGGAGCUCUGGUGGACAGCUGCGCUCCAGGCUUGUGUCCAGACUGGGAGACCUGGGAUCCAGUUAAACCGGUGGAGAACGCUACUGAAGCUAUGCAGCUGGCUGACGACUGGCUCGGCAUCCCGCAGGUGAUCGCUCCGGAGGAGAUCAUCGACCCCAGUGUGGACGAGCAGUCGGUCAUGACCUACCUGUCUCAGUUCCCYAAAGCCAAACUAAAGCCCGGAGCUCCCCUCAAACCCAAACUCAACCCCAAGAAGGCUCGAGCUUACGGACCCGGUAUUGAGCCGACAGGAAACCGGGUUCUGCGCCCGGCCGUGUUCACCGUGGACACGUUCAGCGCCGGUCAGGGACAGGUCACCGUCUACCUGGACCAUCCAGACGGCACCCGAGAGGAGCUGAAGGCGGAGCUUAACGAGGGAAAGAAGACGUACACCGUCACCUACGUCCCUCAAGUCACCGGGACUCACAGGGUGACGGUGUUGUUCGCAGGCCAGGAGAUUCCCAAAAGCCCGUUUGAGGUGAAUGUGGACAAAGCGCUGGGCGACGCCUCCAAAGUUACGGUGAAGGGCCCGGGAAUUGAACCUGUGGGCAAUGUCGCCAACAAGCCCACCUACUUUGACAUCUACACUGCAGGAGCGGGAACGGGAGACGUGACGGCCAUGAUCCGAGACCCGCAGGGCCACCAGAACAGCGUGGAGGUGAUGAUGGAGGAUAAAGGCGACAGCGUGUACCGCUGCACCUACCGGCCCACGCAGGCCGGACCACAUGCCAUUACCAUCACCUUCGGCGGGGUGGGAAUCCCCCGGAGUCCCUUCAAUGUGGACAUCGGACCCGCCUGCGCGCCAGGCGCCUGCAGGGCGACGGGUCGGGGUCUGCAGCCSACGGGGAUGAGGGUGAAACAGGUCGGGGACUUUAAGGUGGACACGAGAAAUGCUGGGACUGGAGACCUGAAGGUGCUCGUCAAAGGACCCAAAGGGGUCGAGGAGCCGGUGAAGCGCCUCUCCAGUCAGGACGGCGUGUUUGCCUACGAGUAUUACCCCAGCAGUCCUGGAAAAUACACGGUCUCCAUCACCUGGGGCGGUCAGCACAUCCCAAAGAGUCCGUUCGAAGUGGCAGUCGGUCCAGAGGCGGGGCCUCAACAGAUCAGGGCCUGGGGUCCYGGUUUGGAGGGAGGCGUUGUGGGUAAACCUGCCACCUUUGUGGUCGAGUCCAUUGGCAGCGAUGUUGGCGUUUUGGGUUUUGCCAUCGAGGGCCCGUCUCAGGCUAAGAUCGAGUGCGAGGACCAAAACGACGGGUCGUGCGACGUUCGUUACUGGCCGACGGAAGCCGGGGAAUACGCCGUCCAUGUGACAUGUGACGAGGAGGACAUCGAGCACAGCCCGUUCAUGGCCCUCAUCGUCCCCGAUGACACCACCAACCACCCAGAGAAGGUCCAGGCGUACGGUCCGGGCCUGGAGACGAGCGGCUGCCUGAUCAAMCAGCUGGCUGAGUUCACCGUGAAGGCUGAAGGCGCCGGGAAAGGACCUCUGAAAGUCUCUGCGCAGGAUGCGGAGGGGCUCCCCGUGGAGGUGAAGGUCAGGAGUAAAGCCGACGGGCUCUACCAGUGCUCCUACACGCCCACCUCGCCGCUCAAACACACCGUCUCCGUCACCUGGGGGGGAGUCAGCGUCCCCAACAGUCCCUUCAGGGUGAACGUGGGUAAAGGAAGUCACCCCAACAUGGUGAAGGUGUUCGGCCCCGGGGUGGAGAAAAGCGGGCUGAAGGCCAACGAGCCCACACACUUCACUGUGGACUGUUCAGGAGCCGGAGAUGGUGACAUCAGCGUGGGGAUUAAGUGGGAUUCCACCACUGACAGCGACCAGGAGGCCGACGUGGACUUCGACAUCAUCCCCAAUGCCAACGACACGUUCACCGUCAAAUACGUCCCUCCGGCUGCGGGAAAACUCACUGUUAAAGUCCUGUUCACCGACAAGGAAGUUCGACAAAGUCCCUUUAUUGUCAAAGUAGACCCGUCCCACGAUGCGUCGAAGGUUAAAGCAGAAGGUCCGGGAAUCGCUCGCACUGGUGUGGAGAGCGGUAAGCCGACCCAUUUCACAGUGGUGACCAAAGGAGCCGGGAAAGCACCGCUGGAUGUUUCCUUCUCCUCUCCCGUCAAAGACUUCGACAUCAUCGACAACUACGACUACUCUCAGACCGUCAAGUACAUGCCAGCCCAGCAGGGGGAGAUGAAAAUCGCAGUGACAUUUGGAGGAGAUCCGAUUUCCCGGAGUCCCUUCACRGUUGGCGUCGCUGCGCCGAUGGACCUCAACAAAGUCACCGUGGACAACCUGGAUGGACGGGUGGAGGUGAACGAGGAGCAGGAGUUUGAAGUGAGCACUAAAGGUGCAGGAGGYCAGGGUCACCUGGAGGUGGAAGUGCUGAGUCCCAGCCAGCGAGCGGUGCCGUGUAAAGUGGAGCCUCUGCCCAGGAAAGCAGACGUCAGUUUGGUCCGUUACACCCCGACGGAGGAAGGGGUGCACGCUGUCAACGUGUCUUAUGAYGGACACCCCGUACCUGGGAGCCCCUUCCCUGUGGAGGCCCACCUGCCUCCGGACCCCAGCAAGGUGAAGGCGUUCGGCCCCGGGCUGAAGGGAGGUUUGGUCGGAAACCCGGCYGAGUUCACCAUCGACACCAAAGGUGCUGGCACCGGCGGUCUGGGGCUGACUGUGGAGGGGCCGACCGAAGCCAAGAUCGAGUGUUCGGACAACGGCGACGGGACCUGCUCCGUGUCCUACCUGCCYACCGAGCCGGGAGACUACCUGGUGAACAUCCUGUUCGAAAAUGUACACAUCCCCGGCUCGCCAUUCAGAGCCGACUUCCAGAGGCCCUUUGACCCUUCGAAGGUGGUGGCCUCGGGGUCCGGCCUGAAGCGGGCCAAGGUUGGGGAGAUUAGCGUUUUGAACGUGGACUGCUCUCAAGCCGGCCCGGGUCAACUCAGCCUGGAKGCGGUGCCAGACUCCUCUCCGACCAGCCCUACUGGUUCUGGCCUGGGUUCAGGUAUGAAAGCGAAGACAGAGGUCGUGGACAACAAAGACGGGACCUACACCGUGACCUAUGUCCCCCUGACCUCCGGCAUGUACACUCUGAUGCUGAAGUACGGAGGCAAAGCCGUCCCUGGUUUCCCCACCAAGGUGAUGGUGGACCCUGCUGUUGACACCUCCAAAGUCAAAGUCUUCGGACCCGGCGUGGACGGAGAAGCCGUUUUCAGAGAAGCCACCACAGACUUCACCGUAGAUGCCCGACCUCUAACCCGAAGAGGAGGGGACCAUGUAAAGGCGAAGAUCCGGAGCCCAACCAGAGCUCUGACGGACUGCGAGGUCAUCGACAACGCCGACGGGACCUACAGCGUCGAGUACACUCCCUUCGAGAACGGCGUCCACAGCGUUGAAGUUCUUUACGACGACACUCCKGUUCCUAAGAGUCCGUUCAGGGUUUCUGUGUGUGAGGGAUGUGAUCCCAGCAGGGUGGUGGCUACUGGCCCCGGACUCCAACAAGCCCUGACAGACCAACCCAACAACUUCAACAUCGUCACGAGAGGGGCAGGAAUCGGGGGCCUCGGCAUCACCGUGGAGGGUCCGUCGGAAUCUAAAAUGUCAUGCAAGGAUAACAAAGAUGGCAGCUGCAGCGUGGAGUACGUUCCCUACACGCCGGGCCUCUAUGACGUCAACAUCACCUUUGGAGGAGAGCACAUCCCAGGAAGUCCCUUUAAAGUGCCCGUGAAGGGCUUGGUGGACUCCAGUAAGGUCAAAGURUCAGGCCCCGGUGUGGGGUCAGGGGUCAGAGCAAAUAUCCCACAAUCCUUCACUGUGGACUGCAGGAAGGCGGGCGAGGCGCCCCUGGUAGUGGCCGUCACGGCCCCUAAAGGCGUCGCAGUGCCGGUGGAGCUGACGGACGACGGGGACGGRACUCACACAGCAUCCUACACCCCGACCGUCGAGGGCCUGCACACCGUGUCCGUCAAAUACGCAGAUGAGGACGUCCCCCGCAGUCCCUUCAAGUUCCGAGUUCUGCCGACUCAUGAUGCCAGCAAAGUGCGAGCCAGCGGCCCCGGGCUGACCAACGGUGUCCCGGCCAGCUUCCCUGUCGAGUUCAACAUCGACGCCAGCGACGCCGGUCAGGGCCAGCUGAGCGUGCAGAUCACAGAUCCGGACGGAAAACUGAAGCAGCCCAGUAUCCAUGACAAUGGUGACGGUACCUACACCGUGUCCUACAUCCCCGACCGCACAGGCCGCUAYACCAUCGUCAUAAAAUACGGUGGCGACGACAUCCCUGCGUCGCCCUACAGAGUCCGUGCCACGGCGACCGGAGACGCUAGCAAGUGCACGGUCACCGGUCCGGGCRUUGGGCCCACCGUGGCCAUCGGCGAGGAGCUGGGUCUGAUGGUGAGCACCAAGGGCGCCGGGAAGGGGAAGGUGAGCUGCGUGGUGGUGCAGCCCGACGGCAGCGAGGUGGAGGCCGAGGUGCUGGAGAACGAGGACGGCACCUUCGACAUCUUCUACACCGCGCCCGAGCCCGGGAGCUACGUCAUCUACGUCCGCUUCGGAGGAGAAAACAUCCCGCGCAGCCCCUUCAAAGUCCUGGCUACAGAUGAAGUACCCAUCAUGCAACAGCAGAUGUCUUCACARAAACAGGCCACUCCUCCUGGAGUUGGCUUCCAGCCUUGGGUGACGUCAGACAACUACAAAUCUGUCAGCAGCAGUGUGAACGGCAGCGGCUUCAGACCGUUUGAUAUGGUGAUACCRUUCUCCUUCAGGAAGGGAGAAAUCACUGGUGAGGUGUUGAUGCCUUCAGGUAAAUCUGCUCAGCCUCUGAUCACGGACAACCUGGACGGGACGGUGACGGUGCAGUACUCGCCCACCGAGGCCGGCCUGCACGAGAUGCACAUCAAAUACAACGGCACGCACAUCCCAGAGUCCCCCCUUCAGUUCUACGUGAAUCACGCCAGCAGUCCAAACGUGACUGCGUACGGUCCUGGACUGAGCUACGGGGUCGCCAACAAGCCGGCCACGUUCACCGUCUUCACAGAUGAGGCUUCUGAGGGAGGUCUGGACUUGGCCAUCGAGGGUCCAUCCAAAGCAGAGAUCAGCUGCGUGGACAACAAAGACGGGACGUGCAGCGUCAGCUACCUACCCACUCUGCCGGGAGAUUACAACAUCCUGGUCAAAUACAACUACGAGCACAUCGCCGGCAGCCCCUUCAACGCCAGAAUAAUCGACGACAACCAGCGGCGCUCUCAGGUCAAACUGGGCUCGGCGGCAGAUUUCUCUCUGGACAUCAACGAGAGCGACCUGAGCGUGUUGACCGCCAGCAUCAAGGCGCCGUCCGGGCGCGACGAGCCCUGCCUGCUGAAGAGGAUGGCCAACAACCACAUCGGUAUCUCUUUCAUCCCCCGGGAGGUGGGCGAGCACGUGGUCAGCAUCCUGAAAAAUGGCCGCCACGUCCCCAACAGUCCCAUCACCAUCAUGGUGGUCCAGUCCGAGAUCGGCGACGCGGGACGGGUUAAAGCUCACGGCGACGGCCUUGUCCACGGCACCACCUUCAACGACGCCAGCUUCGUGGUCGACACCCAGGAGGCCGGUUAUGGUGGUCUGGCUCUGUCGGUGGAAGGUCCCAGUAAGGUGGACAUCCAGACCAGGGACUUGGAGGACGGGACCUGCGAAGUGACUUACUGUCCUACUGAACCUGGGAACUACAUUGUCUCCAUUCGCUUUGCUGAGGAACACAUCCCAGGAAGUCCAUUCACGGUGCGGGUGACCGGUGAGGGUCGCAUACGAGAAAGCAUCACCCGUCGACAGAAGGCGGCGUCGAUCGCCAGCGUGGGGAGUGUGUGUGACCUCAACCUGAAGAUACCAGCGAUGGACAUGCAGGACAUCACCGCWGAAGUCACUUCGCCGUCCGGAUCCAGGAAGCCCGCUGAGCUGGUCGCCACGGGCCACGACACGUACUAUGUGCGUUUCGUGCCGACGGAGAUGGGCGUGCACAGCGUGAGCGUCAGGUACAGGGGCGUGCACGUGCCUGGCAGCCCCUUCCAGUUCACCGUGGGGCCGCUGGGAGAGGGAGGCGCCGACAAAGUGAGAGCAGGAGGUCCGGGGCUGGAGGGAGCUCUGACGGGAGAGCCAGCUGAGUUCAGCAUCUGGACGAGGGAGGCRGGAGCUGGUGGUCUGUCCGUGGCGGUGGAGGGACCCAGCAGGGCGGAGAUCUCUUUCGAUGAUCGCAAAGACGGUUCCUGCGGCAUCUCUUACGUGGCUCAGGAGCCCGGUGAUUAUGAGAUUUCRGUGAAGUUUAACGAGCAGCACAUACCCGAGAGCCCCUACCUGGUUCCAGUUGUUGCUCCGAUGAACGACGCCCGGCGCCUCACUGUUGCCGGCCUUCAGGAGUCUGGUCUCAAGGUGAAUCACCCAGCUUCCUUUGCGGUGCGUCUGAACGGAGCGCAGGGCAGGAUGGAGGCCAAGGUCCACAGUCCGUCUGGAGCUCUGGAGGAGUGCGUUGUCACCGAGCUGGAGAGAGACAAAUACGCUGUCCGCUUCAUCCCCAGGGAGAACGGCCUCCAUACCAUCGAUGUGAAAUUCAAUGGUUCGCAUAUCCCGGGAAGUCCUUUCCAGGUCCGAGUUGGAGAACCGGGACAGACUGGAGAGCCCGGUCUGGUUUCGGCAUACGGAGCAGGACUGGAGAGGGGCACCACAGGCGUCCAGUCAGAGUUUGUCAUCAACAACACUAAAGCCGGACCCGGAUCUCUGGCCGUGACCGUCGAGGGUCCGUCUAAAGUUAAGCUGGACUGCCAGGAGGUUCCAGAAGGUUACAAAGUGCUCUACACUCCCAUGGCACCUGGGAACUACCUGGUCAGCAUCAAAUACGGAGGACCCAACCACAUCUCUGGGAGUCCCUUCAAGGCCAGAGUCACGGGUCCUCGGCUGGUCAACGUAGCAAACGUGAGCGAGACGUCGAUGCUGACCCUGGAGGCGCCUGUGAGGGGGACCAGCAGCUUCGGUGCCGUGCCCGGACUGGGUGACUCUGACGCCAGCAAGGUUCUGACCCGAGGACCCGGCCUCAGCAAGGCCUUCGUGGGCCAAAGGAGCAGCUUCACCGUCGACUGUAGCAAAGCUGGUAAGAACAUGCUGCUGGUGGGCGUGUACGGCCCUCAGGUCCCCUGCGAGGAGGUUCUGGUCAAACACCUGGGCCACCUGCAGUACAACGUCAGUUACCUGCUGAAGGAGCGGGGCACCUACAUCCUGGUGGUCAAGUGGGGCGACGAUCACGUCCCGGGGUCUCCGUUUAACGUCACCGUCCCGUGAUCCGACAAAGGACCUAAAAAAUCUAAAUCUGCACCGAGUUUUAUUUCCUGAGYUGAAGAGGAAACAUCAGCUGCUUUAUGAAUUACUGUCUGAGUUUCUGGCUUUUAAAACGUGUCAAAUAAUAAAAACUAAAAAUAAAGAAAAAAAACAGGAAACAGACAUCUGAUUGGACAGAUGUUUGAAUGCAGUGAAUUCAAGAAACAAAAUGGUGGAUUUAAUCAAAUUGAUGUAUUAAUUACUGCUGCCUUGAAACUAUCAGCUGAAUCUGUUGCAUUUAGUAUAUUUUGUACCAACAGUUGAUGAAAAUCUCACGUGUUUCUGGUCGGCCAUAAGAAACCAGCUAAUAGAAUUGAAUCUGAGCUUAAAUGARUCAGCCUCUCAGUUAAAAAAGAAAAACUGGACUUUUUUUGUGCGGAUUGUUUUUGUCGUCGUUCAGCUUUGUCUCCCAGAAUUCCUGUCGAUUCAUGUUGAAUGUUUUCUGUUUACGCUGCCUUCAAACUGCUGUUUCCUGCACAACACACUACUUAACGUGGAGUUCAGGGGUUGGUAUUUGUCCUCAGUCCCUUCCUGAACCUCCACACCAACAGACCUGACUUAGAUGAUCAGACUCCUGAUGUGGUGCAUCUGAUCUGAGUUUGGUUCUGUCCUAACCUUCCUGUUGUCGCCUCAUCACUGCUACUUUUGAUACUUUUUUUAAAAAAUGUGUUUUUGUGCUGGAGGUGGGAGAAGCAUCUCAUUUUGUAUUAGGGAAUAGGUGUCUUGAUAUGAAACUAAAUCCUGAUGUACUGUACAUUUGAUCACUAAAAUAAACUGGAAUGUAGAAUAUUAAA